AUGUUCUCUGCCAUGCCGAUGGACUCCUAUCGUAACGAACGCCCCGAGAUCCGCGUCGCCUACGGAACGGACGGUCAACUGCUUAAUCAGCGGCGGAUGCACCUCCAGUCGCGUGUAUCCACAAUCACCGUUCACGAACUUCUCUUCGCCGACGACCGCGCCCUGAAAACCACCUCGGAAGAGGACACGCAAAGGAGCAUGGACCUCUUCUCCGCCGCCUUCGAGAACUUCGGUCUGGUCAUCAACACGCAGACGUCGGUGGUCAUGCAUCGACCGCCACCCAACGUUGCCCACAAUACACCACAAAUCAGCGUAAACGGAAUCCAACUGCAAGUGGUGGACAACUUCACGUAUCGGGGUAGCAGUCUCUCCUGCAGCAUCAAAGUCGACGAUAAAGUGGCCCGCCGGACAUCCAAGGCCAGUCAAGCCUUCGAGCGCCUUCAAAAAACAGUUUGCAAUCGUCACGGUCUUCAACUCGACACGAAACUGAAGAUGUACAAGAUCGUCAUCCUACCGACGUUGUUGGUCGGAGCAGAGACCUGGACAGUGUACAUGAAGCAGGUACGCAGACUCAACCACUUUCUCGUCAGUUGUCUUCGUCGAAUACUGAAACUGGGGUGGCAGGAACUGAUCCCAGACACGAACAUACUGGAGCAGACGAGAAUCCUCACCAUCUACGCUAUGCUGAGACAACUACAACAAUGCUGGUGCGGCCACCUCGUACGGAUGGACGACGAGAGGCUAUCCAAACGGCUCUUCUAUGGAGAUGUCGCGACGAGUUCCCGCCGACAAGAAGAUCAAGUCCGGCGCUAG